AUGGGCGAACUUCGUGGCCAACGGCUCAUCAUGGCCGUCAGCAUUCUGACCUCGUUAGGGUUUAUGCUGAUAGGCUACGAUAAUGGCCUCAUGGGAGGAUUAGUCACCGCACCGGCUUUCAACUCGACUUUCGAUUCGCCGGAUCCGACGAUGACAGGCCUUAUUGUCGCCAUUUAUGAAAUUGGCUGCUUCUUUGGCUGUGUGGCAACGGCGAUAUUUGGCGAGAAGUACGGUCGCCGGAGAACCAUCGGAGCUGGAUGUUCUGUCAUGGUUGUCGGAGCAAUCAUACAGGCUGCCUCAUACGGACGAACGCAGCUGAUUAUCGGACGUAUCGUCUCAGGCAUUGGGAUGGGUAUUGUCAACUCAACUGUUCCGGUACUGCAGGCGGAAUUCAGCCCCAAAGCCAGCCGUGGAAUCUACGUUUGCGCGCAGCUUUCCACCUUGAACUUUGGCAUCUUUUUGAUUUACUGGAUCGAUUACGCCUUCUCGACACACGUUGAAAGCUACGCGUGGAGAGUACCAGUCAUUCUGCAGUGUAUUUGCCUUCUCCCGAUGUUUGUAAUCCUCCGAAUGAUACCGGAGACGCCGAGAUGGCUGGCAGCCCAUAACAGAUCAGACGAGUGCCUUGCUGUUCUGCAGCGCCUGAAAUCCGACGAGCAAGACGACGAAGCCAUACAGGCACUCCACAACACCAUCAUGCAGACGGUAUCGUACGAAUCAGAAGUGAGCGCGAGUUCAUGGAGGGAUAUCUUUGUGCAAGACCGAAUCAAGAGCCAAAAGAGAUUCCUCAUCGCCUGUGCUAUUCAGGGCUUUCAACAACUGGGAGGAAUCAACGCCAUCAUCUGUGAGUUCAGCGCGGCCCGAAGUUCCGUUUCAUAUAAAGAAUAG